AUGGCCACAAGCGAGUCGCCGAACGUUGCGAGCGAAAAGGCCGAAAUCAAGACAAUCGAGACCGUCGACCCCUAUACUGUGCUGUCGGCGGAAGAUGCAGAGCUCAUGCGUCGUUUUGAAGGCAAGGCUGGCAAGAAAGUGACCUCGAAGGUCGACCGCAGGCUUGUCCCCGUCAUGGCCUUACUGUACCUUCUGAGUCACAUUGAUCGCGCCAAUGUGGGCAACGCAAAGCUUGAAGGCAUGGACAAGGACCUCGGCUUGAAGGGAAACCAAUACAAUAUCAUCAGCACUCUGUUCUUCGUCCCUUACAUCAUCUUCGAAAUUCCCUCGAACAUUGUGUUGAAGAAGGUCCGUCCUAGCUUGUGGCUCAGCUUUCUCGUUGUGUCCUGGGGAACCAUCAUGACAUGCAUGGGUGCCGUACAGAACUUCCAAGGCCUCCUUGCUUGCCGAGUCCUGCUGGGUCUGGCCGAAGCCGGGUUUUUUCCAGGAGCAGCCUACGUCAUCACAACAUGGUAUCCUCGCCACGAGCUGCAGCAACGUCUGGCGAUCUUCUACACCACAUCGGCCUUCUCAGGGGCUUUCAGCGGCCUUCUCGCCUAUGCAAUUGCCAAGCUCGAUGGUGCUCACGGUGUCGCUGGUUGGCGAUGGAUCUUCCUCAUCGAGGGCGCUGUCACCGUAGGCGUCGGUCUGCUCAUGCCGUGGCUCAUGGUGGAGUCUGCAGAAAAGGCGAGCUGGCUGACCGAGGACGAGAAGAGAUUCAUAUCUCUCCGUCUGCAGCUCUCUGGCGUCCGUCCCAACACUGAGGAAGGGGACAGGUUUUCGUGGAAGCUUCUGAUCAAGACGAUGCUCGACCCCAAGAUCUUGCUCGGCAUCCUUGUGUCGAAUGGAAACUCCGUCUCCAACGCCGCAUUCAAGUUCACCAUGCCCGAGAUCGUGAAGCAGAUGGGGUUCACUACCUCCAAAGCUCAGCUGCUGACAAUUCCGCCUUACUUUUGCGGCGGCGUGUCUGCUUGGGUCACAGGAUGGCUGUCCGACAAAUUCACCUGGCGGAUGCCCUUCCUCGCUGUCCCUCUUCUGAUCCUGGUCACGGCAAUCAGUGUUCUAUUUGGCCUGGCGCCCGACGUCCAAAACAACGUACCCGCCCUGUACUUUGCGGUUGUUCUGGCUCAGAUUGGAAUUUACCCUGUCCAGCCAGGCAUCGGCGCGUGGACCGGCAAUAAUCUGGCACCGUCUUGGAAACGUUCCAUAGGCCUGGCGUGGCUUUUCGCUGCUGGUAAUCUCGGUGCUUUUGUCGGAACCAAUACAUUCUUGGAGAAAGAAGCUCCCCGGUAUCAGAGUGGCUACGGUUCUUGUCUGGGCGUGGCGUGCCUGGCUCUUGCGGCAACCUUAGUGCUUGAGGUCAUGCUUUGGAGUCGGAACAAAAAGAAGGCCAGCAUGGACACGUGGGACGUUCAUGAGCAGUAUACUGAACAACAGCUUGAUGAGAUGGGUGAUACAAGCCCUCUCUUCAAGUAUAUCUUGUAG